AUGGAGGCUUCUUCUUCUUUACUGUGUCGAGUUCCGUCUCUGUUGACCGUUGGAUCAAGACCUUCUCUGAUGAAAUCUACGGCUAGUUUCGUUUCUCCGGGAAGUAGAAGCGACGGUUUGAUGAUAAGUAAUCGACGUGUCAGAACGCCGUUGGCUCUCGGUGAGCUCGCUGACACGGUGGCGGAGAUGGGCAAAUCGGAGAUAACGUGGCAGAUUAUAGUCGGAACUAUCGCUGGAAUCAUACCCUUCGUUGUUGCAGGUGUUGAGUUCAGCAAAAGAAUAAUUGCACAGAAGAGAUGUGAAGAAUGUGGAGGAACAGGACUUGUUUUUAGAGACAAGAAAUACUUUCGUUGUCCUGAAUGUGGUAAAUAA